AUGCACCCCAACCCCCCCAUACCUAACAGCACCCCCCCUCCCCCCCCAGCUACCCACCACUACACUAACGCCACCAGCGCUGCUGCCACGCCACAACCCGACUUCUUCACCAAGCUGCUGGAUCAGAUUCCCUUGCCCAGAUGGGCAGUUUACUGCAUCUUCGCAGUGGGGGGGUUGUUGAUCUUGGCCUGCUGUCUCUGCAUCUGCAUCAAGUGCUGCUGUAAAGGGAAGAACCGCAGGAAGAUGAAACCACACCAGCAGCUGAGCCUCAAGAGUCUGAACAGCUCCACCACCACCGCACUGGUCCAGCCAGAUGCAGGAGAUGUGGAGUACGGCUCAACCCAAAACCAACACGGAAAACUGCUCUACUCUCUGGAAUACAGCGCUGCUCAAUCUGAGCUCACAGUGGGGAUAAAAGAAGCUGCUGCUCUGAAGGCCAUGGAUGUGGGAGGAAGCUCUGAUCCUUAUGUUAAAGUCUACAUCUGCCCUGACAAAUCCAAGACCUGCGAGACCAAGGUGUUCAGGAACACCCUCAACCCCGUGUUCAACCAGCAGUUCACCUUCCCGAUCUCGAACGCAUCACUCAGCGAGUCUACAGUGGUGAUGCAAGUCUUCGACUUCAACAGAUUCACCAAACACGAGAUCAUCGGCGAGCUGCGGCUGCAGCUGAGCACUGUGGACUGGAACCACGUGAUGGAGGAGUGGCAGGACCUGAGCCAGCCCGCCAAGUUUGAGGAGGAGAACCUCGGUGAGAUCUGCUUCUCUUUGCGCUACGUUCCAACUGCCGGAAAGCUAACUGUGGUGAUCCUGGAGGCCAAAAACCUGAAGAGCAUGGACACAGGAGGGUUGUCAGAUCCCUAUGUGAAGGUGCAGCUGGCCCUGGACAAGAGGAAGUGGAAGAAAAGGAAGACAUCUAUCAAAAAGAAGACUUUGAAUCCUUACUAUAACGAAUCCUUCACGUUCGAUGUGUCCUUCGACCAAAUACAACGGAUUCACCUGGUCAUCUCUAUCUGGGACCAUGAUGCCAUGACCCGGAACGACGCCAUGGGGAAGAUUUUCCUGGGCUGCGAUGCCUCGGGGAACCAGCUGAGGCACUGGGCCGACAUGCUGUCCAACCCAAGACGACCCGUCGCCCAGUGGCACAACCUGCUGUCCGCCCAGCAGGUCAACGCCACACUAAGCCUCAAAAACAAGCUUUCCUUCACCAACAAGAUCUUCUGAACAACCACUCGUCUUUAAAGCUAGAGUCCUGAAUAUGGUGGUUUUAGUGAAGCAGUGUGUCUCUAUGAAGGUGGUGGUGAGGUGUGUGUGGUGGGCUGAGCUUCAUUCCAAAAGAAUGAGAGUCAGCAGGGCUGUUGUGUCAGAAACAAACAUAAAACCUGGUAGAACCUGAGUUGUACUUAUUGAUGCAGUGCUGGUAUGUGUUGGUGAAGGUCUUCUGCCAGCUUGAUGAAGAUGGAAACGACGCACCCUGUCAUUGUUCCUGGUGAAGUCCUACCAGACACCAUCAUCCACAUCACACA